AGCGUGAUUAAGAGCCCGGCGUUAGUUAACAGCCGUUAACGUCAACGGCUCCUGCUCGUGGACUGUUAGCCACGUUAGCUCGUUAGCUUAGCUGGCUAUGAGCUAACAGGCUACAUCUGCAGUGUCGCUUCUUUGUAUUUAAAACGCUAAACUUUAGAUUUAACUUCAUAAACAUCAUUUACCCUGUUUUUAAAAAAAAUGCAUGUUGUUGCUUGCUUCAUCUCCAUAGCAGAGGAGAGAGAGAGAAUGAGUGAAAAGAGGUUACACUUAAGUUAGCUCUAUUUAACAAACGUUAGCUGGGUGAAGUGGCAGCCACUGCUAAGUUAUAGUUAAGUUAAAUAGCUUGCAGAGUGUAAAUAAAUGGAUUUAUGUUCAUUCAGUAGCUUUAGCUUUCACUUUUAGUUAAGUCAAAAUGCGGAUGAAUCACAUCUGCUACAGACAGAUGAGGUGCACACUUAAUUUUUGACCUUGUAAACAGCAUUUUAUAUAUAGUUUAGUAGGUUUUUCUAGAGCUUCCAUGCUCCCAGGUGAAAGUGAAGUAAGCCUCCUCUCUGAUUUGGUUCUGACCAAGUGGGUAUUGUUCUACAAAUGGAUAAUGGAGACUGGGGCCAUAGGAUGACUACUCCUGUUACCUUGAACGUGGGAGGCCACCUGUACACCACUAGUUUAUCCACUCUGCAGCGCUAUCCAGACUCCAUGCUGGGUGCCAUGUUUCGAGGAGAUUUCCCAACAACUCGCGACUCCCAGGGGAAUUAUUUCAUUGACCGCGAUGGGACGCUAUUCCGGUACAUCCUGAAUUUCCUGCGGACGUCUGAGCUUACCCUCCCAAUGGACUUCACAGAGACAGACCUCCUAAGGAAAGAGGCAGACUUCUAUCAGAUCGAACCUCUGAUCCAGUGCCUUAGCGAUCCCAAGCCGCUGUAUCCUCCCGACAUCUUUGAGCAGGUCGUGGAGCUCUCUAGCACUCGGAAACUGUCCAAAUAUUCAAACCCAGUGGCUGUCAUCAUCACGCAGUUGACCAUAACUACAAAGGUUCAUGGCCUGCUGGAAGGUAUUUCCAACAACUUCACUAAGUGGAACAAACACAUGAUGGACACCAGAGACUGCCAGGUGUCGUUCACCUUCGGACCGUGUGACUACCAUCAAGAGGUGUCCCUAAGGGUUCACCUCAUGGACUACAUAAUGAAACAAGGCUUCACCAUCCGCAACACACGCGUGCAUCACAUGAGUGAGCGCGCAAACGAGAACACGGUGGAGCAUCACUGGACUUUCUGCAGACCAGCUCACAAAGUUGAAGACUGAGUUACAAACGCAGGUGUCGUGGCUGACAUUACUGUUUGAUUUGUCUUCACGUUCAGAUCAUGAUCACAAAGAACAAAGUUGACCCGUUUCAGUAAUGUCACCAGUGAUUCGUUCCCUCUCAUUUUAAUCAGCGUGCUACAGUGAACAAGUCCAGACAGAUAGCAUAAAAUCAACGAAAAUGUGAAUUCUUGAUUUAGUCACCUGUUACUGAAUGAGUGGAAGAGUGUUAUGUUAGCGUGUGACUGCUACGUAUUUCACAUUUCUUGAAAAAUGUUGUUAAGGUCUAACAAAGCAAAAAUAUCAUUCCUUAUGACGCAGAAAGAGCCUGUAGCAAUUAUUUUAUCUAGGUAGGGACACUAUUAUACCUCAAUGAUACUUAAAAAUAUGGGUACAUUGAUUUUUAUAGGAUUUUUAUUUAAUGUGGUUUCAGUACCUGCACCUGUUUUAUUCCAAAGUUAGUAAUAAAGUUUGAAAAGAUUGUAAGUGGGUAACCAUGAUUAGACUUAGAUCACAAUUUGUGGGGAAAAGGGGAGAUUGUAAAAGGUUUAUACCUGAUAUACAAACUGUCUUUGUCAUUCAUUGAGACACUGAACAAAGAACACUUCUUGAAGCUGUUUUAAAAAAAAUUAUUAAUUAACAAUAAAUUAUGAUUAUCUUUUAGCCCAAUUUAUUUCUAAUGAAUUUACAGUAGAUCUUUAAAUUAGUCUUAGCUCUCUAUUAUCUCUCCUUGUACGGUACUAUUUCUUAAAACCCUAGUAGUUGUUGCAUGUGUCCGAGUGUCUCGUGUAUGUAUAUGUAUUUGCUGUGUGCGCUUUGUAGUAUUGUGUCUUACUGUUCAUAUCAACAGUGAUGUGUUUGGUCAUUCCAGCCAAAAUAAACUCAUUUGUGUAUUUGUCA